CGCCCCCUGGAGGGCGGCAGCGCGGAGGAACCGUCUUAAGCCGGGCGCUGCCGCCGCCCGCCUCAGCCCAACAUGGCGAUGCAUAACAAGGCGGCGCCGCCGCAGAUCCCGGACACCCGGCGGGAGCUAGCGGAGCUCGUGAAGCGGAAGCAGGAGCUGGCGGAGACACUGGCAAACUUGGAGAGACAGAUAUAUGCUUUUGAAGGAAGCUACCUAGAAGACACUCAGAUGUAUGGCAAUAUUAUUCGUGGCUGGGAUCGCUAUCUGACCAACCAAAAAAACUCUAAUAGCAAAAAUGAUCGAAGGAACCGGAAGUUUAAGGAAGCUGAGCGGCUCUUCAGUAAAUCCUCGGUUACUUCAGCAGCUGCAGUAAGUGCAUUGGCAGGAGUUCAGGACCAGCUCAUUGAAAAAAGUAACCCCUCUCUGUGUCCAGCCCCUGCACAGUUAGUCUGUGCCCCUUCUGUCAUCCUGUAUCUGAUGCAAAGUUUUUGUGACUUCAUGCUCCACCAGGCUGUUUCCUCCCUAGCCAGGGCCUCUGCAAUUUGCAUAUUCAGAGAUGACAUUUUUUACCUAAAUAAAAAUAGGACUGGGUAUGGGAGAGGAAGGCUGUCCUGACCAUACUUCUGCAUCUUAGAUUCUUCUUUUUAUAUUUCAUUUGAUGUUUUUUUUAAACUGUAAAAGUAAUACAAUAUCAUUAUGCUAAAUCAAGCUAAAUAAGAAAAAGGUCAAUUACCAUCUGUUCUGCUUCAGUCCCAACUUUGUGAGGUAACCAACAGCUCUCUGUAUGUCCUAACACAUCUUUCUGGACACACAAACACACACACACACACAGAGUUGGAAGUUUUUUUUUUUAUAGAGAAAUUGGAUCUAACUGCAUAUUACCUGCUUUUUAACUUACUGUAUCACAUAUACCCCUGCCAGCUCAGUGCCUACAGAGAAUGGCAGGGUAGAGUAGCGACUGAGAACCCAGACUUUGGAGUCAAACCAUCUGAGUUCAAAUCCCAACUCUAUACCUUAUGAGCUGUGUGACCUUGACAGGUUUCUUACUCUCUCUAGCCCUCAGUUCCUUUCUCUGUAAAAUGGGAAUAAUAAUUGUAGAGGUUUUGUGAGGGCUCUGUGUAGUAAUUAAAAUGUGUAAUUAAUUUAAAGUGUGUGGAACAGUGCCUGGCUUAUAGUAAGGACUGUGUGUGUUACUUGUUGUCAUCUUACUUUCUUUUUCAAAGUCUAGUUGUGCCUCCUGAUGAAUAUUCCCACUGUCUCUAUUUUCCCCACUCUGAGCAAUGUCACAGUAAACUUCCUACACAUAUCCUUUUUUGUAAUGGAAUUCUUAUUUCUGUAUAGUAGUGUCCCAGAAGGAGAAUUAAUGUGCCAAAGGGUAAUUUUCAUAAAUAAAUCCCAAUUACUUUCUAUGAUAUGAUGAGAAAUACAUACUUGGUCUUUGUCCCCUUUUCUGGCACACAACUCCUAAAACCCUUGGAAUCUCCAGGGAGGUAAGAAUAACUCUUCUGUUUGCUAAUGCGAUGACCGGUAGCUGGGGCCCCUAUAUAGCUUCAGGACGGGGCUGUUUGCCAUAAAGAACAAGCCUAGAUUAGAAAUUUAGAAAUUUUAGCACACCCCUCAAACCUCCAGGUAGGGGAGAGGAGCUGGAGAUUGAAUUAAUUAUCAAUGGCCUGUGAUGUAAUUAAUCAUGCCUCCAUAAUGGAGCUUUGAUUAAAAACCCCUAAGUGAUGGAGUUUCUGUUGGUGAACACAGUGAGGUGCUGGGAGGGCAUCCCAAGAAGGCGUGGAGGCCCCACUCCCCUCACCCAUACCUUGCUUGUGCUUCUCUUCUAUUUGGCUGUUCCUGAGUUGUAUCUGUUACAAUAGACAAUAGUAGUGUUUGGGAGUUCUGUGAGCUAUUGUAGCUAAUUAUCAAAUCCAGGGAUGGGGUUAUGGAUACCCCUGAUGUAUAGCUGACUGGUCAAAAGAAUAGGAGGCCUAGGACUUGCAACUGGUGUUUGAAGUGGGGGGCACUUUUGUGGGACUGAGACCUGGGGGUCUUACCUAACUCUGCUAUUAGUAUCAGUAUAGAAUUGAAUUGUUGGUGUCUAGACAAUCAGAGAAUUGAUUGUUGGUGUUGGAAAACACCCUAGACUUUCCAAAAAGAAUAUUUCUAGUCACAUUCCUAAAGUAUAGCUUGGGAGGGUCUGUUAAAAAUAUAAUGGGGAUAAUCACCUCACACCAGUAAGGAUCGCCACCAUCCAAAAGACAAACAACAACAAAUUUGGCAAGGUUAUGGAGAAAGGGGAACCCUCCUACACUGCUGGUGGGAAUGUAAAUUAGUUCAACCAUUGUGGAAAGCAAUAUGGAGGUUCCUCAAAAAGCUCAAAAUAGAAAUACCAUUUGACCCAGGAAUUCCACUUCUAGGAAUUUACCCUAAGACUACAGCAGCCCAGUUUAAAAAAGACAGAUGCACCCCUAUGUUUAUCACAGCACUAUUUACUGUAGCCAAGAAAUGGAAGCAACCUAAGUGUCCAUCAGUAGAUGAAUGGAUAAAGAAGAUGUGAUACAUAUAUACAAUGGAAUAUUAUUCAGCCAUAAGAAAACAAAUCCUACCAUUUGCAACAACAUGGAUGGAGCUAGAGGGCAUUAUGCUCAGUGAAAUAAGCCAGGCAGAGAAAAACAAGUACCAAAUGAUUUCACUCAUAUGUGGAGUAUAAGAACAAAGAAAAAAACUGAAGGAACAAAACAGCAGCAGAAUCACAGAACCCAAGAAUGGACUAAUAGUUACCAAAGGA